AUGCGUGUAACAACAAGGCGCAGUGCUCGUGGCUGGUGGCCCUGGUCCCUGGCGGCUGCGGCGCGCGGCUGCGAGAUCCGUAUUUCUGUGAUUCCCUUCGUUUUUACAGCACAGCAUGUGCAAAUGAGUUUUUCCACAUAUUCGAAACCUGAGUCGCUCGCUCGCAGACUCGUCUCUAAAGCAACGGAGCUACCCGGCCUCACAGGGAGUGCCGCAGAAAAGUCCUUUUCUCAAGGCCGACUCCUGUGCGAUGAGCCUCUCGCUGAACAACACUGCAAAUGUGUGGGUAGUAGUACCAGCAGCGGCUGCAGCAGCAGUAGUAGUAGCAGUAGUAGCAGCUGCAGCAGCAGCAGCAAAAAAUGGGUGACAAGAGACUACGCGGAUUCUUCACGAAAAAGCCCGCAGGAGCUCCCUCGCCAAAGGAAAACAGGGAGCUGCAGCAAAACAGCCAGUAGCAGCAGCAAAGCAACCAGCUGCAGCAAAACAGCCAGCAGCAGCAGCAAAGCAACCAGCCCUGCAGCAAAAGAAGCAGCGCCGACUAAAGUAGCGGCUUCCAAGGCAGCAGACACGCGAGCGGUGAAGACAGACGGCAGCGCAGCUGCGCCAACAGGAGGUGAUGCCCCUGCUGCAGUCAAAAGUGCAGUAUCAAAAGAUGGAGCAGCAAAGCCUGCAGCGCCUCCUCUGGGUAAGCCUGCGUCCAAGGAAAUGGAUGUUUCGGCAAAAUUACAAGAGGCAGCCGCAAAGUCUGCAGCAGCACCUGCUGCUUCAGGAGCAAAGGCCGAUGCGAAGACAGCAAUUUCGCCGCCACCUCCCACAAAGCCUGUGGCAGUCAAAGUGACCCCCAAACCCAUUGUGUCUGCAGCAGGAGCAGCAGCAGCAGCUGCUCCUACAGGAGCAGCUAAACCGCCACUGAUACACCCAGGUGACUCUUCAGCCGCUGCGCCAGCUGGAGCAGGCGCCGCUGCGUCAAAAGCAGCAACGGCAGCAAAACCAGCCUCCACAGAAGGCCAGAAGCGGCGGGAUGUUCUAAAGGAGGUUCUGGCAGAAGCUCCUCGAGCAGCUCCCUCCGCUACUGCUGCACGUUCACCGAAGCAUCCAGCAGUGCCUGCUGCAGCGAAGCCUCUUACUGUGCCUUCUAGGCCCUCGGCAGUAGGAGCGAAGGCGCAGCCAGGAGUGGGAGGAGCAUUAGCACCAGGAGCAUUCGCACCAGGAGCAUUCGCACCAGGAGCAUUAGCACCAGGAGCAUUAGCACCAGGAGCAUUCGCACCAGGAGCAUUCGCACCAGGAGCAUUAGCACCAGGAGCACUAGCACCAGGAGCAUUCGCAGGAGGACCAUUCGCAGGAGGAGCACUAGCACCAGGAGCAUUCGCAGGACCAUUCGCAGGAGGAGCGCUAGCACCAGGAGGAGCAUUCGCAGGAGGAGCACAAGCACCAGGAGGAGCACAAGCACCAGGAGCAUUAGCGGCAAAAAAGGAGGUGGCUGCAGCUGCGAAUGUGGCUUUGGAAAGAGUGCCGGCGUCCGAUCGUGCAGGGGGCCCUGUGGAAGCAAAGGCAGCUGCUCCAAAGCCCCCUAUGCCACCGCGGAACGUGUUACCAGUGCGCAUGCCUUUGCUCGCAAUGCUGAGAAGCGUUGAAGAGCAUUUGCAGCAGGAGAAUGCGGAGGCUGAGAGGCAGCUUCACGAAGCAGACAUGCUGCUUGCUGAAAAGCGGAGGCUGGACGCUGCGACACAGCAGCACGAGCAACAAAGCGUGAGGCAAGUCCUUAGGGCCUGGUUGCACCCCGAGGCUGCGGGGAGUGUCGCCGAAGGCGCUGGAUUGAAGGGAGCAGAACAGGCAGCGGCGGAGGAGACACUUCGUCGCCUUACAGAUAUUCGAGCCUCGGGAAGCCCCACGCUGCAACUGCUUGACGCUUUUAGAAAGCAUGCGGGUGGGUGGUUUACAUAG